GUUGCUCUUUCCUUCCCAGAAGAGAUUGGAGGGGAAAAAAUUCCUUCUGCUCCCUUAGAAGACUCCAGAAAGUUAUUUGAAGAGGUCUUUGGAGACAUGGUGGUUUCUCUUUCCUUCCCAGAAGGUGAGUCUCACUCCCUGUCAUCUUCUGGUGCCCCAGAGCUGCAUCAGAAUGAAGCUCAGGUGGUGGAGGAGCUAACUGUCAAUGGAAAGUACAGUCUGAUUUGGAAGAGUCCCCAAGGACCGGGAUGCGGGCUCCAGAACACAGGCAACAGCUGUUACAUGAAUGCAGCCCUGCAGUGCUUGACACACACACCACCUCUAGCUCACUACAUGCUGUCCCGGAAGCACAGUCAAACCUGUUGUUCCCCAGAAGGCUGUAAGAUGUGUGUUAUGGAAGCUCAUGUGACCCAGAGUCUCCUACACUCUCACUCGGGGGAUGUCAUGAAGCCCUCCCAGAUUUUGACCUCUGCCUUCCACAAGUACCAGCAGGAAGAUGCCCAUGAGUUUCUCAUGUUCACCUUGGAAACAAUGCAUGAAUCCUGCCUUCAAGUGCACAGACAAUCGUGCCCCACCUCUGAGGACAGCUCACCCAUUCAUGACAUAUUUGGAGGCUUGUGGAGGUCUCAGAUCAAGUGUCUCCAUUGCCAGGGCACCUCAGAUACCUACGAUCCCUUCCUGGAUGUCCCCCUGGAUAUCAGCUCAGCUCAGAGUGUAAAGCAAGCCUUGUGGGAUACAGAGAAGUCAGAAGAGCUACGUGGAGAGAAUGCCUACUACUGUGGUAGGUGUAGACAGAAGAUGCCAGCUUCCAAGACCCUGCAUGUUCAUAUUGCACCACUGAAAUCCUGGCUUCUAGACUCAGGCUGUGAGAUUGAAAGAGAAAGGUUGAGGAUCAGCACCUGUGUGGCAUCAGGUGUUCAUCAAAGACAAAUGGAAAAGGCUGAGGUGGGACUCGCAGUGUCUGUGACUGACAAACUGCCUGGCCUCCAAGUCUCUGCCAAAGACUCCAUCAGCCUCAGUGUGCCUUCUGGUCACACGGGCCCCAAACUUCUUAAACCUGUUAAGAAGCUGAAAGAAGACAAAUUCUGCUAUUGGAAUGAAAAGGUUGCCUCUUUGAAGGAGAGGAAGCACCACUCUGAACGAUAUAUAGAGUUGGUAUGA